CUCGGCGCUUGAGAACGGGCGGGGAAGGCGGCCCGCGGAGUCGAAGCCGGGGCCGAGGCGCUGAGACGCGGCGGCGAGGCUGCCGGCUGGAUGGGAAGUUAAUGUUUACGGCGGAGUCCACCCAACGUUUCCAAGAGUUGGAACAAUACUUUCUUAUAACCUGCUUAAGAGAUUGAAGAUGUAUAUUACAAUUGCACCAGCCUUAAAUCCUAUUGGAACAAGCUGAAUCUGCUUAGGAGUUGGGCAUGAUUUAUGAAUAUGUGGACAUAUGUGUAAUGCACUGAAUAUCAGAGGUGGCGACAGACAAGGUUGCAGAAAAGCUGAGUUCUACUCUCUCAUGGGUGAAGAACACAGUAUCACAUACAGUCAGUCAGAUGGCCAGUCAGGUGGCAAGUCCAUCUGCCUCAUUACACACUACAUCCUCAUCUACCACACUAUCCACGCCAGCCCUUUCACCAUCUUCCCCUUCACAGUUGAGUCCAGACGACUUAGAACUCCUGGCUAAACUGGAGGAACAAAAUAGAUUGUUAGAGACGGAUAGUAAGUCUUUAAGAUCUGUAAAUGGGUCAAGAAGAAACAGUGGCUCCUCCCUUGUAUCAAGUUCAUCAGCCUCUAGCAACCUCAGCCACCUUGAAGAAGAUUCUUGGAUUCUUUGGGGAAGAAUUGUUAAUGAAUGGGAAGAUGUACGCAAAAAGAAGGAAAAGCAAGUUAAGGAGCUUGUUCGUAAAGGGAUACCUCACCAUUUUAGAGCAAUAGUUUGGCAACUUUUAUGCAGUGCACAAAGUAUGCCAAUUAAGGAUCAGUAUUCAGAACUCCUGAAAAUGACCUCACCUUGUGAAAAAUUGAUCCGAAGGGACAUUGCUAGAACUUAUCCUGAACACAAUUUCUUUAAGGAAAAAGACAGCCUUGGACAGGAGGUUUUAUUUAAUGUAAUGAAGGCAUAUUCUUUAGUGGAUCGUGAGGUUGGUUACUGUCAAGGAAGUGCUUUUAUAGUUGGAUUGUUGCUUAUGCAGAUGCCAGAAGAAGAAGCUUUCUGUGUAUUUGUUAAAUUAAUGCAAGAUUAUAGACUUCGUGAACUUUUUAAGCCAAGUAUGGCGGAAUUGGGCCUAUGUAUGUACCAGUUUGAAUGCAUGAUACAGGAGCAUCUUCCAGAGCUCUUUGUACAUUUUCAGUCUCAGAGUUUUCAUACCUCAAUGUAUGCAUCAUCCUGGUUUCUGACUAUCUUUCUUACGACUUUUCCAUUACCAAUUGCAACAAGGAUAUUUGAUAUCUUUAUGUCUGAGGGUUUAGAAAUAGUAUUUCGAGUAGGAUUGGCACUUCUUCAAAUGAAUCAGGCAGAACUGAUGCAACUUGACAUGGAAGGGAUGUUACAGCACUUUCAGAAGGUCAUUCCACAUCAGUUUGAUGGUGGCCCAGACAAAUUAAUCCAGGCAGCUUACCAAGUCAAAUAUAACUCAAAAAAAAUGAAAAAGCUUGAAAAGGAAUAUACUACAAUAAAAACUAAAGAAAUGGAAGAGCAAGUUGAAAUUAAAGUAAGCAUCUCAGGACUUUUAAAAAGAUUACGCACAGAAAAUAGACUUUUAAAACAGCGCAUUGAAACAUUAGAAAAAGAAAGUGCUUCCUUGGCAGAUAGAUUGAUACAGGGACAAGUGACAAGAGCCCAGGAGGCUGAGGAAAACUACCUCAUAAAACGGGAGUUGGCCACCAUCAAACAGCAGAGUGAUGAGGCCAGUGCUAAACUGGAGCAAGCUGAAAAUACCAUCAGGAAGCUCCAGCACCAACAACAAUGGCAUAAAUGCAAUUCCAACUACAAUGAAGAUUUUGUGCUGCAACUAGAGAAGGAAUUGGUCCAAGCUCGUCUGAGUGAAGCUGAGUCUCAGUGUGCACUAAAGGAGAUGCAGGAUAAAGUCCUGGAUAUAGAGAAGAGAAACAACUCCUUUCCUGAUGAGAAUAACAUUGCAAGGCUUCAGGAAGAACUCAUUGCUGUGAAACUGAGAGAAGCAGAAGCUAUUAUGGGUUUGAAAGAACUUAGACAACAGGUCAAGGAUUUAGAGGAACACUGGCAGCGCCACUUAGCUCGUACUACUGGGAGGUGGAAAGAUCCACCAAAGAAGAAUGCUGUGAAUGAGUUACAGGAUGAACUGAUGACCAUUCGACUUAGAGAAGCUGAAACUCAGGCAGAAAUAAGAGAAAUAAAACAAAGGAUGAUGGAAAUGGAAACACAGAAUCAGAUCAAUAGUAACCAUCUUCGAAGAGCGGAACAAGAGGUGGUCAGUCUACAUGAGAAGGUGCAGUAUCUUUCUGCACAGAACAAAGGACUACUUACUCAAUUAAGUGAAGCAAAGCGCAAACAAGCAGAGAUUGAAUGCAAGAACAAGGAAGAAGUGAUGGCUGUGAGACUCCGGGAAGCAGAUAGCAUAGCUGCUGUGGCUGAAUUACAGCAGCACAUUGCUGAGCUGGAAAUCCAGAAAGAAGAAGGAAAGCUUCAAGGACAGCUUAACAAGUCUGAUUCUAACCAGUAUAUUAGGGAACUGAAAGAUCAGAUAGCAGAGCUGAAUCAUGAGCUCAGGUGCCUAAAAGGACAGAGGGUCUUCUCAGGCCAGCCUCCUUUUGAUGGAAUCCACAUUGUCAACCAUUUAAUAGGAGAUGAUGAAUCAUUCCAUUCCUCUGAUGAAGAUUUUAUAGAUAAUUCUUUACAGGAGAGUGGUGUUGGUUUUACUUUGCACAGAAAAUCUGGCCCAACGUCUUUGGACCCCACUGUGGCAGAUGGUAGUGAAAGCGAAACAGAAGACAGUGUGCUGGAGACCAGAGACAGCAACCAAGUGGCUCGAAAGGAGCAGUCCCCAAGAAAAGAGUCGUACUCAACCACUGUCUGACCAUCACUGUGAACUAGACUGUGGGGUUUUUUAAGGGACCGGUUAUCAUAUGAUUAAGGGUUUUUGGAACAUAUCUGUUUCAUAUGUACAUACUUAUAUACAUACAUACAUACAUACAUACAUAUAUAUAUAUAUUUUACAGUCUGCCUUUUUAUCUUUGCCAAAUCUUCACCACUGACUUACCAUUGCCAUAAAGUAGACUGGAAUAUGGUUAAUGGGAAAAAUAAGAUUCUAACAGUAUUACUGAAUAUUAAUGUUUCUUAUUUAGAAAAUUCAAUUAUGUCUAUAUGUGGGAAGCAUUUUCAAGUUCAGAACAAUGGAAAAUUGGAUUUUCUUCAGACAAAACUGCUUUUGUGCAAUAUUUCACGCUCAUUCAACAAAUGAUUAUGUUUAUCAAUUUGUUUUCAUAGCAGCUGUCUGUAAACAUUUGACCAAGAUAUACAUAUAAUUUAUCUUGUGUUUUUGUGUUGGGGGAAUUUUUUUUUUCCAGUUAAAGUUACUGUUUUAGUAGUGGGCCACUGAAAGCUCCCAACCACAAAGGCUUUUUUUCCAUAUAAUUUUACAAACACAAAAUUAUGGUCAUCUGUCUUGAGAGUUUUAAGUUUUGUUUUAAUUUCUAACUUUUAUGUGCAUAUGAUGCUUCCAUGCGUUGCCUACUGGUCAGAGUAGUAGGUUAACUACAAAUAAAUUGUGUUGUCCAUAUUUAUAAAUCUGUAUCACCCAGUACUGAACAUCAUUUUAUAUGGAGAAUGUAUGUGUUGCAAAAUGACUGCCUUCAGCAUUCUAACAGGACUUCUGUAAAUAAUAGGUUAAAAGAAAAUUGAAAAUGAAACCAAACACUAAUAUUUUAAUAGCUUUAGUAUUUUGCUUAGUAUUCAACACUAGCAGAUUCAUAAGUUAACUAAUGCUUGCUUCAAAAACACUAUUGGUGACAUAUUUUACUUCAUGUGUAUAUAACUAAUAAAUUUUUCAUGAUUAAAGAGGUUAUAGCACAUAUUACUUAGUGCUGAUAUCUACUUAAUAUAAUUUAAGCAAUGGACUGAUGUCCAAGAUACACAAAAAUUAUAUCUGCAAAUAAUCUACAAGCAUUAUCUUCAGAUUCUCUUGUUACUAAUCCAUAGAUGAAGCCAUAAGAAUUCUUUCCUACCAGUUCUUCAUUUUUAUCGUCUAGACUUUUUUCCUAGAAAUCUGAAUGCCUGUCAUUGAUAGAUUGGUGGAAUACCAUAUUACACUUAGAUUGUGUAAAGAUAACAACAAUGUGUUGAUUGGAUGCUUUCCACUCUCAUUUUCUUCAGCAGCCUAUGAAAAAAAUGGCCUUCAAGGAUAAGAGGAAAGUAGAAUUCUGUAUAUAUGGAGAUGCAACUUUGCACAAUAUGUUGCAUGCAGGAAAAAAUUUUAUAUGACAGAAUGGAAUAGAAAAGACAAAAUAGUUUUGUACCUAAAACUAGGAGUUAAGCCUUAUGGUAUAUCAUGGAGUAGGCUUUUCCAGCAAGCCUUUUGUAGGCUUGAGAAACAAGCUUGAAAAUAUGCCUGUUUUGUCCAUAUCACCAGGUUAAAUUCUAGUGAUUAAUUUACCUGUGGUCACAAAUUAGUAAGUAGCAGAGCCAAAAUGUUAAUCGAUAUGUCUGACACCAAGCUGAAAAGCCUCAGCUAAUGGAUUUCUCAAUUCUCUACUUUUCUGACAAUGUGAUUGAAAUGUUUCCUGAAUAUAUAUAGAUCUAUAUCUAUGUAUAGAUACUAGUAUCAACACUCAUAAACUCUACACAGCUUAUGAGUGUAGAUACUGUUACUAGAAUCAUCUGACCGGUGCUUUUGGGAUAUUCUUUGGGGGUUCAGUACUGUUAGCCUAGAGGCUCUUGAUGCCCAGGUAAAAUGAGAUGAGUCAUGGCUACAUGAUUGCUUUGACCCCCACAUUAAGAAAUCUAAAUGAUCUAGACCAAGGGUCAGCAGCUACAGCCCAUGAGCCUAUUUGAGCCAGCUUCCUGUUUUUACAUGACCCACAAAAAUAAGAGUGGUUUUUAAUUUUUAGAUACUUGGGGAGAAAAAUCAAAAACACAAAAUCAUAUGAAAUUGUGUCGAUACAUAAAAUUUUUUGGACCUUACCUCCAUGCUUAUCCAUUUACAUAUAGUCUAUGGCUGCUUUUGUGCUACCAUGGCAGACUUGGGUAGUUUCAACAGAGACUGUAUGGCACAAACAGCCUAAAAUAACUACUAUCUGGCGCUUUAGAGAAAAAGUCUGUGGACCCUUGGUUUAGAUACUGUAAAAUGUAGGUUAAUUCUUAAGUUUGUCUUAGUAGAAGAUUGAACUACUUGCUUUUGCUGUUGAACUAAUGGUUUGGAAGCCUAAAAUGUCCUAGUGAUUCUUUUUUUUUUUUUUUUUUAAUUUUUUUUUCAACGUUUAUUUAUUUUUGGGACAGAGAGAGACAGAGCAUGAACGGGGGAGGGGCAGAGAGAGGGAGACACAGAAUCGGAACCAGGCUCCAGGCUCUGAGCCAUCAGCCCAGAGCCUGACGCAGGGCUCAAACUCACGGACCGCGAGAUCGUGACCUGGCUGAAGUUGGACGCUUAACCAACUGCGCCACCCAGGCGCCCCUGUCCUAGUGAUUCUUAAACUCAUAACUAUUCAAAAUGGAAAAUGUUCCAGCUGUUUUAUAUCAUGAAGUCUUUGAUGCCACCGAAAAUUUUGGAAGGAUGUCUGUACCUUUGGAAAUGGAGAAAGACAGGGAAGAAUUCCAGAAUCCCAGCACUGUUCUUUCAAGCAUGCGUAUUGACCUUUAGGGUAUGCCUCAGUGAGUCAAUGUUUUAAUUUGACUUUAAGGACUUCUUUCUAGAAUUGUGGUAAAUUUGAAAGAUAUUCUCAGAGCAUUUUCUAAGUACUGUUUUCUGGUUAGGAAUUAGGUUUUAAAAGAAUCAUGGUAAAUCUUAAUCCAUUGAUAUUCUUAUAAUUUGGACAGUGAAAAAAUAGAAACAACAAUCGUCUCAUGCAAGAGCUUUGAUUCAAAUACUCCUUAGAAAGGUUUAAAAUCUUCCUGGUUUUUUGGAUGCAAUAGGUUACUAUGCCCUAAUUUGACAUUCAAAUUAAGACUUCUGAGGUAUUGGAAAAUGUUCUCUUGAUAGAUUUUAUUUAGUCUCUGGUACUUUGUGUCAUUUAAAUGUUACUCAGUUAAACAGCUAGAGUUGAAGAAUAUUCAGGGAGGAAAAAGUGAAUAAAAUAACAAACUCACACAAAAAAGUACUCUCUCAGGAUAGCUACCUUCAUGUCAUUGCUAUCUAGGUUGAAACGCCAAAGGUAAAGGCUACAGGUGAUCUGAAUAAAGUGGAAAUUGCAUUGAGGUGAUGAAACAGAACUUUUAGAUCAAGCAAAUAUUUCAACAGCCUUUUAAAAAUCAUUGGUAAAUUUUUCUUCCUGAAAAAAGCAGUCAAAGAUAAAACAUUGCACAAUUUCUUCCCUAAUGGAUAUUACAUACUCAGUGUUUGAUUAUUAAUUGAGAUAUCAAGUCUCAAUUAACUGGCAGGCUAGUUUGGAAGAAAAAAAACCAACUUUGUCUUAGCUCAGAGCUUGCAGCUUGUUACUCUCCAGAUAGUGCCUUUGAAAACAAAGUCUAGGCCUUUUAAAGUAUUUUAUUUCUAACAUCAUAAAUGAAUUGGUUCCAUAUUCUCCUUUAUCUUUUACAUAAUACAUUAAAAUUUUCAGAUUUAAAGUAAAAUAAGUAUAUGAAUCGUAUUUUGGUAAAGCCCUUUCGUGGCCAGCUUGAUUAUUGCGUAGUACCAGACGUCAACAGCUAAUGGUUUAUGAAAUCGUUGAUUUACUUUAUUAAAAGUGUACUUUAGCCUGAAAGUUAUUGCUGCUCUAUCAUUAACAAAACAGUUUUUUAAACUAAUUAAUUUUAAUUGAAUUCAUUUUCCUGAAAUUAAAAUUCCUGGUUAAAAGUGGAGUGGAUGCUAUUUAUAUCCAACUUUUUACAUCACAUUUUCAUUGAUGUGUACCGUACCUAUCCUUUCUUUUCACUCCAAAGAAAAGAUGAUAAAAUAAUGCAUUAGAUAUACUAUAGAGAUGCACAAUUGUAAUGUUUUUCAUUUUACUGUUGGAAUUUCUUAUUAUAACAUUGUAUGAUAACCUGAAAUGUUUACUUGUGCCUUUGCUUUAAACAAUUAUUAAAGUUUUUCAUUUUAUAAGAA